GGCUCGGCGCGGCUCGGCUCCGGGCGCGGGCGAUGGAGCGCGGCGGCGGCGGCGGCGGCGGCGGGUGAUGCGCGGGGAAGGCAUGCCCCAGACGCUGAGCUCAACCAGCAUGUUCGCUCCCUGCGGCUUCAGUCCCCAUCUACACUCAUCGAAAGAAGAUGACCAAGGUGGACUGAUCUUCCAGGAUGGAAACCUCACCUCAGCCUCUCUAGAUGCUUUAAUCCAGCACCUCAUACCUACUGCUGAUUACUACCCAGAAAAGGCCUACAUCUUCACGUUCCUGCUGAGCUCAAGACUCUUCAUUGAACCUCACGAACUUCUGUCCCGGGUUUGCCACAAGUGCAUCGAGCAGCAGCGCCUCGAUGACCCCGUGCUGGAUAAGGCCCGGAUCAGAAAAUUUGGACCCAAAAUCCUGCAGCUGUUGGCAGAGUGGACAGAAACAUUCCCCUAUGAUUUCCAGGAAGAGCAGAUGAUCGGCCACUUGAAAGACAUGAUUCACAGGAUUGCUCCCUGUGACGAGGCCUACUGGAAAAAGAUGAAUCAGCUUUUGCAAACCCUGGAUCAGAAGCUUGCAACCCUUAGCCCUGGGCAGGACGGCAUCGUCAAGAUCAGCGCGGCUGUCUCUGACAAGCUGGUUGCUUUUAAAAGUAAACCCCCCUCAAUUCAGAGAGAAAUCCUGAGCGUCUGCAGUGACCCCUACACGCUGGCUCAACAGCUGACACAUGUGGAAUUGGAAAGGCUGAGUCGCAUUGGGCCUGAAGAAUUUGUGCAGGCGUUUGUGCAUAAAGAUCCUCUGGAUGGGACCAAGACUUGUUUCAGUGAACAGAAGAAGACUAGUAACCUAGAGGCGUAUGUGAAAUGGUUCAAUAGGCUCUGCUAUCUGGUAGCAACAGAAAUUUGCAUGCCUGCAAAAAAGAAGCAGCGAGCACAAGUCAUAGAGUUCUUCAUUGACGUCGCCCGAGAGUGCUUUAACAUCGGGAACUUCAAUUCCCUCAUGGCAAUCAUCUCUGGGAUGAACAUGAGCCCAGUUUCAAGGCUAAAGAAGACCUGGUCAAAAGUGAAAACAGCCAAAUUUUUCAUUCUUGAGCAUCAGAUGGACCCUACCGGGAAUUUCUAUAACUACAGAACCGCAUUGCGAGGGGCUGCCCAUCGAUCCCUCACUGCACACAGCAACAGGGAGAAGAUUGUCAUCCCUUUCUUCAGCCUGUUGAUCAAAGACAUUUACUUUUUGAAUGAAGGAUGUGCUAAUCGGCUUCCGAACGGACAUGUCAACUUUGAAAAGUUUUUGGAAUUAGCCAAGCAAGUGGGAGAGUUUAUGACAUGGAAGCAAGUGGAGUGUCCCUUUGAGCAAGACCAUAACAUCAUCCACUACUUGCACACGGCUCCCAUUUUUACCGAGGAUGGUUUGUAUCUGGCUUCCUAUGAAAGUGAAAGCCCAGAAAAUCAAAUUGAAAAGGAGAGGUGGAAAUCUUUAAGGUCAACUAUUUUAGGGAAGACUUGAAGACUACGAGAGUAUUGCAGUGGGUCAAGAAAACAAAUCAGCAAACUAUUUUGCACUACGGAUUCCAAAGAUGCCUGUUUGGGAUUUAAAUGAUUUCCCCCCCCCCCCUGUUUGUUGGUUUUUUUGUUGUUUUGUUUUUCCUUUGACUGCCUAAAGUGGGGUGAACUGGAUUCAUCCCCCAAAAUCAACAGGACUGACAUACCGGACGCACAAUUAUGCUUUCCUGCCUCUUCCAAACGCUGGGCGGACUCUCUGGGGCUGAUGCCGUGUCAGUAUUGCUGUAACUUUGUCUCUCAAGGAAAACAAAGCAAAACGAGAGUGAGGAGAGCCACGGUGCUGCAAAAAGAACGGUCUCCCCUGGAAAACUAAAGGCACAGGCGCAUGUUUCGGAAGCAGGUGCUUCCAACAGCAGCUCUUCCUGAGGACUGCAGGCUUAAAUUAUUUCAAGCCCAGCAGCAAUCUGGCUAAUUGCUGAAAUAAAAGAAAGAGGAACUUAAUCGGUCAUCGGCAGUCUCCAGCCUUGUUGAACAAUGCACUGACUGCAACCAGCAUAAGCUCGUGGUGGCUAAAAACUCUUGUAAACCGCAUAAGCAGGGAAAGGUCGCUCAAACCCCGUGGAUUCUUAUUUCACGAAUUCAUUCUGAAUCGUGAACAUCUGGUUAGUUCGUCUUUCCCUGCUUUUCUUGCUUUGAAUCUUGGCAGAUUUUUCUGGGUCGUGAAAUGAAGAUGACCAGGCACGUAGAUCUCCUGACUACACAUAAAGCUGUGCUGAAGAAGCAAGCGGCUGCUUCGCUUACCUCUCUUUAAAGCAUGAAGUGUACCCCUUUGUUCUGUGGAUGCUGAGGGAUGAGUCUUUCCGAGGCCGUACCUCACUGUCAAGUGACAGAAGGAGAUGGCGUGAGGGAACGUGUCACGCUGCAGAUGAUCUAGCUUUGUGUAGUCGUUUUGUUCCAGUGCAACCCAACAUUAAGGAAAGAGAGGAAUCACUCUAUAUCUGGGGGCUCCAUGGCGCAUUGAAGAGGAGGCGAAGGGCUUUUGCUCUUUGCACAAAUACUCUGGGGUAAAGAAUGAGCAACACGCCAUUUGUCCAUCAAUCCAUGCAAGAAUUUUUGCGUUCUGUAUAUUGAACCAUGCUCGCCAGCUUCCUUCCAUGGCAACUGUGUGCUGUUAGAAGAGGGGAUCGUGCCGUGUUUGUGUUUUCACAGAUUUCAGAGCAGCAUUCAAUAUAAAUAUUAAAUUAUGAAUUAUUAUACGUAUACCAGAUGCGAAUCUGAAGUAGAGCAAACAGGAGGAUCCUCCCAGUCUUUGCUCAUGUGAGCAGAGCCACUGAAACCAGUGGAGCUGUUUGUGUACUUAAAGACUGCUCCAGGCCUCAGAUAGGCUCUUUUCAUAGGCCUGAUGGAAAUAAAAAUGCCAUGUGAUAUGGAACUGGUGGUGUUAUUGUAAGGAUCGGUGUUGGCAUUUUGGCUGUUCUAGUCUUUUCUGGCCAUACUCAAAAGACUCAAUUUUCUACUGAACUCAGUGGUAGCUUUCCCUUAGUAAAGAAAGAAGGAUCCUUUGCACAGCACUUCUGAACAGUCCACUACUUAAAUUAAAAAAAAAAUUAAAAAGCAACUCCAUAGUAACUUGUCUGUGUCCAGAUCUGAAUUUAGCCAGGAAACCAAAACCAGUCCUGCUGUGGGCAAGCCUCACCAAGGUUUUCAGGCCCUCGUACGUUGUAAUGCACUCUCACUGGGUCACCCUUUGACCACCCAGAUGCACCCUAGACGCUAUGGUUUAGGGUGUCAGUCAUGCCAUAUAUAUAAUAGCAUUACUUCCCAUGAAACUCACUGGCUUCUAAGAUGCAAGUCAUGGGACUGAAUUUGGUCAGUAAAGGCUGGGUCAUGGAUACCUUAGAAACCACCUUGCUCACUGCGGUCUGUUGUGACAUACAAGACCAAGCGGGCUGCUUUUUCUAACAGAGUCUGUCGCUCAAGUGAGAAGCAGGGAAUUCUCAGUGGAGGAACCUUGAUUUCUGUUUCCACUUGGUUUGACAGUGCCUGAGUUUGUUAAUCUGUAUGUACGAUAGAGAGUUUGUCUGUUUACUCAAGCUUUGGUCUAGAGGGGCUAAUUGCAAAGAGGAUGCAGAAUUAUUUCAGCAGGGAAGCCAGUGGUUUUGGAGGCUGUCAAGGUGUUAAUUUUUGCACCUGUGCUUAGACUACGCAGAGAGAAUCAUUUUACAAAUAACAUUUAAAAAAUGACAACCAUUCAGGUGGAGCUGUUUCCAGAGUGACCAUGUUACAAGCCUAUUAAAUUCCAAUCAAAUCUAGGGCGAUAACCAUAAACAUAUCCAUAACAAUUGUCAGGCUUAUGUGUAAUCUCUGAGUGGUCAUUUUCCUUAAUGCUUGUAUCUCUUUAACAAGCCUAUUAUGACUUCAUUGUGGAAAUCGUCUCCUUUAAUUGUCUCAAACCCCAACGUAGUUGGAUGUGCUUUUGAAAGUGUCCAUUCUUAUUCGUGCUCUAAUGAUCCAAAGGUGCUUGGGACAGCUGGGAUUCUGCUACCCUGAAAAUGAACUACCCUGCCACUUUUCUCAAGAUCAGUAUUUUGCACUUCUGGGGCACUUUCCAAGAAUUCAAAGAACUUUAUCAGCAUCCAUUGAAUUUAGUCUCCCGAGACCCCAGUGGUGAGUUAAGCAAUUUUAACAAUAGACCCAACAUUUUCAAACAUGGGUGCUAAAAGCUAGUUCUUAAAGAGCCAGAUUUCCCAAGGUAUUUAAGUACCUAAAGACGCAGUAAGUGCCUAGUAAAAUUUUACGAAGCCCCCAGGGUUCUGUCUCCUAUGAAAGUAAUAGCAAUUUGGUGCUUAUGUACUUAUCUACUCCUAGAUAUCUACAUACCUUGAUCUAGACAUGUUUAAGCAGUCAUUUUUUUGGUGACAGUGGGCACAUCUACAUGGUCAUUAAUGCACUUUUGCUAAUGCACAUUAAAUUUAGUACCUCCGUUGUAAGGUUACUAGAAAAUGGCUCAUUAGUUUAUUUUAAUGUGCAUUAGCGAAAGUGCAGUUUUUUGCGAUGCUUUAAUGCGCAUUAAAAUAGGUUAGUGCGCAUUAAAGCGCACGUGUAGAUGUGCCCAAUGAGCACCAUCAGGUCCUGUUGACUUGAGUGAACAUUGAGGGCAACUGGUUUUUCAUGAGGCACACACAGCACUUGGGUCUCAAGGUUUGUUCCUCCUGGAUGGUGAUUUGUGACUUAAGGCUGCUUCCAGACUUAAAAAAAAUUUAAAAAGCACACUUUACCAAAAGAAUUAGCACGUUAGUUGGACCCAGCUCUGCAGUGUCCGUAUAGAUUGGGCGCUUCAGCAGGGCUUUUUGGUGCUUUUAUCUAAUAGCUGAUUCAACCAAAAAAGCCCACAAAAGCAUCCAGUCUAUACAGACAUUGGGUGAGCUGGGUCCAAUGCCUCUUCUUGGCGCAUGCUGGGGUUGGCACAGGAGCACACCGAGUUUAAAGUAAAGCACCAUUUUGGGGGGGGUGUUUAAACUGUAAGCAGCCUCAGUGGCAGAAGAAGCACUUGGCAACAUGAAGAAAACUGGUAGUUUUCUGAAACGAGCUUUUAGGAUCAUGCCCUGCCUUCAUUGGAUCAUUGUUGAUUUAAUCAGAAUAGGGUCAGGUCCUAAAUUUGUCAAUGACAUUUGUGAUUUAUGCAUGACUCCACUACUGGGAGAAAAAACAGAAAAAUGAGACCAUUAUGGCCUUGUGUCAUCCACAGGUUUAAUAGGUAAGAUGACAACAACAACAGAUUGUGUUAACAGUUUGGGGAAGGGACUUCUCCACAGAACUGCGUUUUUAAAUGGCCUUUUAUAGAAAAGAUAAAAGGACAAACAAAAGCCUCUGAAAUAGUGUCCCAUUACUAAUACUAAGGAACCCUACACUAGACCUUAAAGAAAGCAACAGCAUUUAGCACUGAGCACUGGGCUGUUGCAGAGUUUGCAGGGGCUGGAUUAGCCUCUAAAUGACUUAUUUAGAGUAGCUGCCAUGCUUUCUAAUUCCAUUAUUUUCAUCGGGUUUGUUUUUGGGACAUGCUUAAGCUAAUGCUGCACUGAAGAAAAAAGCAAAGCUCGAGGUGUGGUUCUGCAGUGUUGUGCUUGUGUUCAAAAAACAAACGUGCUUCUUGGUAAAACGUGAUAUAUCAUGUAAACCUUUUAGGAAAAUUAGCAGGACUUUUCUGCCCUGUGCAUACAGUUAUGUUCUAAAGAAGGAGGCAAACCCAAAUCAUUCUUCCAUAUUUCCUCUAGAAUGAUCACAGUGAUAGCAGAAGUCAUCUCUUUACUUCCUUAGGAUCCAGUCCUGCAACCUUGGGUCUAAGCCCAGUAAAAUCAGUGGGCAUAUACUGAGUACCCUCAGCUUGAGCUGAAUUCCAUGGGAUAAGGGUACACAGGGCUUGUAACAUGUCACCGAAUCAUGCCCUAAAUUCCACAUCAGUAUCAGUCACAUUAUCAGGCUAAAGCAGAGGGCUGGUGCUAAUGCAAACUGAGGUGCUAAUGCUAUGCUUCAAACUGAGAAGCGGUUUAAAACAUCCAAGCAUUUUUCUCAAGUUCAAAGUACCUUUUGGCAUGAUUGCUGAUAAGAUAAUCACCCAUGUAAAAUUAGUCCAAUCCCCUACUGAUCGCCCUGUACCUUUAUCAUGUUUUUUGUUGUAAAUAGAUUGUCAUACUAAAGCCUGAGCACUGGUCUGCUCAUGAUUGUAAACCCAGUUUGAAAUGGAGGUCAGAUCAUUGAGUAUAUAGUUUUAGUGGACAUAAAGAAAACUGGUUGGCAGUGAAGGCAGUGAUUAUUGGAUUGCUAUGCAUAUCAUUGUAAAAGUGGUACAGGGUUAAUAUAAGUUAGCCUUAGAAUUACUUUGUUUUAAAUUCCUGCUCCAAAGUGCAGUGAAAUGCCAAAGGAAAGCCUCUAAUUGAUUUUGACAGGCUUUGGGUCAGACCUUCAGUUAUUAACAGCAGUGCUGCUUAAAGUUGUUGAUAGAGAUGAAAUCGCAGUUGAGAUUGGUCGGUUGUGGUUAUCUGCUGUUAGCAUGGAACCAAAUGCCUCUCUGAUGCACAGGUUGACUUACCAAAGCUGGUAUCUAGCUUGGGCAGAAGCUAUCACUGACAUUACCAGAGUCCUAGUAGCUUAUGCUGGCACUGACUUUGACUCAACAAGUUUAUUUGUACGCUGAGAAGAGAAUUUGUCCUCUGGGCUUUUUGAGCUUUUUUCCAUUUUCAUACUGAAAGAAACUCUCAGUACUCUCUGAGCAGCAUCUCUCUCUCUCUCUCUCUCAUAGGAAAACACAAAGGUUUGAUUCUAAAUGGAUUGUUUCUGCUGUUUUUAGUCUCCUAGCGGGUUUAGGAAAUGAGAAGGAGCAAUGUGAAAGGCCAUUUAGGAGCAUUUUUGGUUCAAAACUGACAAAACCUUUUCCUAAUUUCAUGCUUCAUAUGACCCUGAUUCUGCCUUCGGAUGUGGAUACAUAAAGUUUCCAUUGACACCAAAUCAAGCCUCCUAAAUGUAUCCCAGGAAAAGAUUUGCUCUUAAAAACUUCGGGGUGUGGAAAGAAAAGGUAUCAGUGCUGAACAAGUGCUCUUCCAAAACACCAUCAGGAAGAUUUUCUAGUUCCCUGGCAUGUGCAGGCCCUAAAAACAUAUUUCAACUCAAGAGUUCAAGGGUAGAUCUCCCUUUGCUGCAUCACCUGUUGUCUGCAAACAGUCAGCCCAGAUUACUGUUGUAGCAACAUGAUGAAACCUUCUUCCGGCUUGUUUUCAGCACUGUGUGUGUUGCUAUUUCAGUGUACUUUUCUCCAGGACUUUCUGGAGUACUAGUAUUUCCCAGAGAGAUGGGAUCUGGUCUGCUAAUUGGACAAUACUAUGUCCCUGGACAAUACUGUGUCACCCUGGACAAUGCUAUGUCACCUCUUUAAAGUACCAUCUUUUAAACUUCCACCCUUCCUGGACCAUGUGAUAGCUCUUUGCUGUUUGAUGUACCAGGCAUAAGUCAGGGUUUAGAGAAGUGGUGUUAUAACCUGGGUCAUGGAGGAGUUGGGGACAUGGGUAUUUUCAUAGCCACCCAAACCUAGUUAAAGUUUUACAGCCUGUCUUCACUUUGUACUGGAAGAAAUUGCUACAGUACAGUAUUUUUUUAACUAAUCUGGCUAAUUCUUAAAACUCCAUGAAAGAUACAAGCACACAGCUGUUACAUUUAAGUACGCUUUUAAAGAUCUGAUUCUUACAAGUAUGCAAUUACUAACGUCCCUUAGGAGAUAGUCUGUAAAAAGAAAUAAAAUUGCUGGUUUGUAAUAAUGACAGAAAAUAAAUCUGCUUCUAGGUUUUAGAACACUGGGGCUCAUGCCCUGAAUCUUCAAAGGAUUCCUCUGCUAUGAAUAUUUAGUUUACAUAGGACAAGAGUCUGAAUUAAGAUUUGUUGCACUUUUAGCUAGUUUUAUUAAAUGUGGCAGCCUCCGCAACUGCUGUCUUGUCCCUGUACUCAAAAAUCAUGGCUGUACAUUCCAGAUGUCUAACAAAUGUUACGCGUGGUAUUAUCAGAUUCUGUUUUUACACCUUUGCUAUUUGACUUUUUGUACAACUGUACUUAUAAACACUGGGAAUGUGUUGUGACAAAGACUUUUUAAAAGAAAGAAACAAACUGGGCAUUGAAAGAAGUAUGGCAUUGAAGUCUUGAGUGUCUCUUGAUCAUGUGAGCAAUCAUAAUGAGUAGCUGUUUUUCCUGUAUUAUUUUUUAAAGCGAGUUACUUCAUAUUAUGAUUAGCAUUUUCAGGUCAAGCAGAAAUCACGGUAGUAUCCAUUACACUCGAACAAUGAAGCUUUGUUAAAUAGGAGUUUUCAAAUUAAUAUUGACACUUUAUUAACUGCACAGGCAGGAAGCUGUCAGGUUACUUGAAAAUGGCUAUUGUGAUUUUGUGACUGUACAUAGAUCUUACAAAUUGUUAAUGGUAAUACGCAUACUGAACCCUCCCUGCAUAAACACUGCAAGAGUAGCAUGGUCAUUGAUCGGCUUUAUAACUGUUUGUGGAAAAUGUCUUAACCUGCAUUCAUGACUAUAGUGUCUAACCCAUUCCCAUGCCUUUUUAUACAGCUGUGGUGAGAUUGCUACAAAACCCAUUUGUCAGUCAUGUUCAAGCUAAUUUAUCCUUGUAUAGAAUUUGUAUAUUAAAACCUUAAUUUAUACUGUGUUUUAACAGUUUGCCUGAACUGUCUCUGGUUUCUAAAUUUUGUAACGUGGGUGUCAAAUAAAAAAAGAAUUAGCUGAGA